AUGUUACCACAAAUAAUAGAAACAGAUAAACAAGAAGGUAUUAAUUUUUCAUUUCGAGAUAAAAUCGGAUCAACAUUUGAUUCACAUUGUCUUCUUUAUUAUGCUAAACAACAAGAUAAUGGAGAAAAAAAACAAAAUGAUUUAAUUAAUAUUUUAUUUCGUAAUUAUUUUGAACAAGAACAAGAUUUAUCUGAUCAUCAAGUUUUAAUAAAAGCAGCUGAACAAGUUGGAUUUAAUUCAGAUGAAACAAAAGAAUUUCUUCAAUCUGAUCAAUAUAAAAAAAGAAGUUCAAUAUGA